AUGGGGAAAAUCAAGGCUCUAAGGUUGGAGAUGAAGAAGAAUGCUGGAAGGGAUGCAGAGUUGGACUGGCUGGGCUGGCUACAGCAGACUUUAGGAUCAUGGAAACUGGGGUUGGUGAAGAUUGGAGUACCAGUUAUUAUUUGCAUUGUGGCAAUAAGUCUUGUCCUCUGCUGUUGCAUUCCGGUAUUGAGAGCAGUAGUGGUGCGAGGGGUAACAAGACAGAUGUUAGUGCUGAAUGCGGAGAGCAAGAGUAGCCAACCAGAGCAGUUCCCCAUCAAGGACUGGUUAGCGGAGGACGACUCGUUGGACGAUGAAAAGACCAUGGACUGUGACAGUAUACCUACUUUUUGA